AAGCGCAACUACGAAUAAAAACUUGUCAAAAUAAAUUGAAGCCGUUCUGUUUUCUAAAUUUUGUGAUUUUUUUUUGUCAGACUACCCAGCUUCAUAAAACCAUAUCAGUAGAACGGUUUCUGCUGUUGUUAUUGAAGUUAAAGUAUAAUUCAUCGCAGUGACUAGAAAUACGUUCCAACGCGAUUGCGAAUCGUUCAGUUAAUAAUCUGUCAUGGAUCAGAUGGCACUAAGUCCAGGUUUCUCGAUACCUAGUAUCGGGACUCCGUUGCAUCAACCGGAGGAAGACCAACAAAUUCUGCCACACGCUUAUCAGCAGCAGCAAUCGAUGCCACACAUGACACCAAUGGGAGGACUCAGUUCGUAUGGAAUGCCUUCGAUUAGCAUGGGUACACCCGGGAAGAGUAUGCAUACAUAUGCACCGAGUUUUGCUGCUCCCCAAAGCAUGAUUCAACCGCAGACACCGCAAAGCCUAAUGUCUCCGAUGGUCCCGAUGACGGAGAGUAAGGGCACGCCAAGUCAUAACAAUAGCGGAGGGAGUGUGCGAGAUCCGGAAAACAUCGGCAGUGUUAAUAUUCAUCAGACCAUGGGACCUGCCACUCCAAUGACACCGAUGACGCCUAGCGAACCAGCCAUUCUACCCCAGCUGCAAAAUAUAGUGUCAACGGUGAAUCUUAGUUGUCGACUGGAUCUCAAAAAAAUAGCCUUACACGCGCGUAAUGCCGAAUACAAUCCAAAGCGCUUUGCUGCUGUUAUAAUGCGAAUCCGUGAACCGCGUACCACUGCUUUAAUUUUUUCAUCCGGCAAAAUGGUUUGCACCGGGGCAAAAAGCGAAGAAGAUUCACGAUUGGCUGCGCGAAAGUACGCGAGAAUUAUUCAGAAGCUUGGGUUUACGGCCAAAUUUCUCGAUUUCAAAGUACAAAAUAUGGUCGGCAGCUGUGAUGUGCGAUUUCCGAUUCGACUUGAGGGUUUGGUUCUUACACACGGCAAGUUUAGCUCCUACGAACCGGAACUGUUCCCAGGACUUAUCUAUCGUAUGGUGAAACCGAGAAUCGUGCUGCUAAUAUUCGUGUCCGGAAAGGUUGUACUCACCGGAGCCAAAGUGCGACAGGAGAUCUAUGAUGCUUUUGAUAACAUCUAUCCGAUCUUGAAAAGCUUCAAGAAACAGUAGAACUUGAAAUGAAAGGAUCGGGUUUUUACGUUCGAAGGCGAAGUUACAUUUGCGCAUUUUUCUCGUUACUUAUCAAUGUGCAAAAUUGCAAUUAACUUCGUUAAUAAUCUUUGAUCAAACGUUCGUUUGGUGAGUGAUCAGGCAUCGUUGGAGAAUGGAAAACUGCUUCGGGAAAACUUGAUGUUUGUAUCUAUUUUAUAAGAAUCGAAUUAACGCACGUAUUGUGUAUUGAACAAACAUUAGUAAUAAAGUCAAUAUGAUUACUUAAAA